CGGUGCGUUCAGUAUGUCAGAGGGGAAACGGCAACAAACAAUUGGGCUUUGUGUCUCGAAUUGUGACUGUAGAUACCGCAUGUGGAGCGACCCAGCCGCCUCCAACGGAAAAUUGCAUCUGCACCAUCGUGAUCACGGACGCAAACCUUAGCGUGCCGUAUACAGUAGUUAGACAAGCAAGCACAACGGCGCGGACGAGUGUGCCCGACUUACUAGUCAAUUGGAGUACUUUCGGAAAAACCUAACCAUCACUGUGAUCAGUAAAAGCCAACAUAGGAUGACAUGAUGCGUCUCGCAGGUUCACUAGCUUGCUUGGUUUGGGAGACCAUCGUGACUGAUGGUACGUGGAUGGACGUCAAGCCUCAAGGCGUUGGCUGUGAUCUGACCGAGGGAAUACGAAGAGCAGACGGCUCGCCGGCCUUGGUGGGUCCAAUCAAGCUCGGUAUUGGGUGUUUUACUGUGACGGGCAGGAAGAUCCUAGCGCAGUCGCAAGGUGGAGUGGUGCGUCCUCCCUUGUUCUCCAUCUUGUUGCGACCGUUGGUUAGGAUCGGGGGGUCGACUUGGCAAUAGGUUAGAUGCUGGGGUGGCAAUCGUGUUGGUUAUAACCGGCCGAUGUCGAAUUGACAGAAUAUAACAGAUUGAACAUGUAGCUUCCCGACUGCUUGCAACGAAAAUGGAUAGCGAGCGGCCAGGCCAAAGGAGAAAUAAAGA